UGCGUUGAUUUCGUCACUCAUUCUCUCUCUCUCUGGUUGAGCGUUCCAAUGGCGGAUGAAGAGGAAGCGAGGGUUGUGGAAGACCAGCUCCAAUUCCAACUCAAGGAACAGAAAGACUCUCUCUCCGCCAUCGCCGACGCCCUCUCCGUCGACCCCUCCAACUCAGAACUUCUUUCGAUCCAUGAUGAGCUUGUUCGGGGCAUUGAAGAUGCUGAGGAGGGCCUUUUUCAGCUCAAAAGAGCGAGGUUGCUAAGAGAGGCUGAUUCUGCUUUGAAUGGUUUAGUAAGCGCUGACAAUGUCAAAGUGGAGCAUCUGGAACCAACAGAUGUGGAACUGGAACCGGAACCGCUGGUGGAUCAGACCUAUUCUAUAGGAUCAAAAUGUAGAUUCCGUCACAUUGAUGGGCGAUGGUACAAUGGGCUUAUUGUUGGCAUGGAAGGUUCAGAAUCUGCAAAGAUAUCGUUCCUGACUCCAACUACUGAAAGCAUGUUGAUGUGCAAGUUCUUUCUACAACAACGAUGUCGAUUUGGUAGUAAUUGCCGCUUAUCACAUGGCAUUGAUGUCCCCGUAUCUUCUUUGAAGAAAUAUAUUCCUACUAUUUGGGAGCAGACACUGGUGGGUUCCAGCAUCUGGGCCCUUUCAGAUAGCAAAGCUGGCGUUUGGAGAGAAGCUGAACUAAAGUCAUGGGAUGAGAAUCUCAGAAUGGGGGAGGUAAUUUUUCGAGACGAUGGAAGGUCAGAAAAGCUGGGAGCAGAAGCAAUCACUUACUCUGAGUAUGCACAGAGGAGUGACGAAGAAGAGUCUGAUCUAAGUUCUGAGCAAUCUGAUUCUUGUGACAAUGAAGAUGACAGCCCAGAAGGGUUGGGGUUUUUGGAAAGUUCUAUGUUGCAGAGGGGGGUCCAAACCGACACUGCUAUUUUUGCGACGUGGGAGAAUCAUACACGUGGCAUUGCUUCCAAGAUGAUGGCUAAUAUGGGAUACCGUGAAGGAAUGGGUCUGGGUGCAUCCGGACAGGGCAGGCUCAAUCCUAUCCCUGUUAAGGUUCUUGCACCUAAGCAAUCUCUUGAUCACGCUGUAAAAGCUCUUGACAAAGACGAGAACAAGGAGGCAAAGAAGCGCACCAGGGGCGGUAAGAGAUUGCGUGACAAGAAAUUAGCCGCUGCAACCAAAGCUGCUGAAGAGGAGGAGGAUUCGAAAGACGUGUUUUCUCUUAUCAACACCCAGCUCGCAAUGCACGGGCAGAUUGUGAACGGUGGCGGCUCUGCAAUGAGGCAGCAGCAGAACAAAGCAAACGGCGAGACAAGGAAAGAGGAUAGGCGGGCGCUCCUUGCUUAUGAGGAUGAGAUGCAAAGCUUGAGAUCGCAAGUCGACAAGCUUGAAGAAAUGGUGAAGCGGAACAAGAAGGAGAAGGCCGUCCAUGAUGCUGCUAUGCGGAAGCUCAAAGAAACGCGGAAAGCACUAGCCGAUGCAGAGGAGGCUCAUGCGUCCACAUCAAAUGCAGUCUCUAGGAAAGAGAAGGAGAAGAAAUGGCUCAAAUUUUGAAAGCUAAAAUGGGUUGGUGAGAAGACUACUAUAUAUCUCUAUGCUGUAUAGAGUUCUUUAACUUUGUUCUUAUUAGAUCAUCUCCUUUUGUGGUUUCUAAUUAUUUCCCAGAAUUGUUAUCAAUCUUUGUAUUUUCAAAAUUGGGGCUUCAGUGGAGAUUGUAUUGUCAAA